UUUCCGCCAAGCCACCAGUCAACAGGUGAAUUCAGUACACAGAGCGUCGCCCGAGACUGCGUUCGAACCGAUUCGGUGACCUGUGAUCAUAGAAAACGCACGAGAUUCCGUUGUUUGGUUCUUGUAAUAACAUUUCGUGAUUGUUGUUAACUCGCGAUAUUCAGUAACUGUUUGGCAUUCUUCUCGUUCUACAGACGUUAAAGUGACUCACUACGUUGUUGUGAAAUUGGUGACUAAUCUACUGAUCACUUGAUUCUACGCGUCGUCUUAAUCGCCAAUAGUUUGUGCUCUUGGAAGUAUCCAGUCGUUGCAGAAAGUGUCAAAAUUGCGUGAGACAAUAGUCUUUUGACAGCCAUGAAAGGAGUCAAGGUUCUAGUGGACUGCGAUGGUUCUGAGGCGUAACAAGGUCUUUUUCUGGCGUUUAGAUCGAAUUUAGCUUUGGGAUAGGGUUAUCAAGCAACGAUGGUACGAAGUAGAACACCUUCACAAUGCGAUGGAUCCAUGACGUUUGAAAUGCAGAGAAAAUACUCUGUUCCUUCAAAUCCAGAAUCCAGAGCCUUCUCGGGUACAACAAGUGAAGAUCUUCAUGCAUGGUCCAUAUAUCGGCAAAACCUGAAUUCUGAUUUUACCGAUAAUGCUUUGGGAUCACAAGACAAGAGUCCACUGCCUUAUGGAAAUUUUCAGUUGAGGGACACAACAGUGCAAUCCAUUCUUUCUCAUCCUAGAUAUGGACCGAAAUCUGCGUUGGGGUCCAACAUGUACACGUACUUGAAAUUUGGACUACCUAGAGUGUUUCCGCCAAACCAUGACCCAAAUCGUUCAGGCACACCUCAGCAUUUCAUUAGGAAUUCAUCAACAAGACCGAGAGAGAAAUCAUCCAAAUCAGGCCACCGAAUCCCCAGAGAUGGCAGCUCAGGCUACGACAGCUCAGACAACGAAACGGCGAAUCAAUACAAACAAAACCGGAAAUACAGAUCGGAUCCCGACUUCCGGAUGCAUAACGUCAAUAUGACGUACCAACACGAGACUGGAAUACCUUUGGCAGCAUUGAAACAGCAUGGCGUCAGCCAACCUCCUCCAAGCCAGUUCAAUCGUAACAAAAGCAUCUCCGAAGCUAAUCUUCUCAUGACUGAAUAUUCGAAGGGCGGUUAUAACCCCCAAAUGAGGGAUCCUAGGAGGAACAGUGUUGCAGAUUUUGGUAUGCGGGAUUAUGUAGACCAUGGAACGGUUGGCAACAUGAACAGACCUUUUCCUAAGCCAGAAAGUCACCUUUCAUACGCUACAAGAAAAUCACAACCUAUGGCUCCAAGGCCUGAAUUCCUUCCUUCAGACGAUGAAAGUAGAACAGUUUUUCUCUAUCCACAUCUUCAAGUGUUAGGACUUAGUGUCUGUCCAGAAAGAACCUCCUGCUGUGGCGGUAGUCACUAUCUCCUCCUCAACGACAUAUCCUUCGAAGUCAGAGGCGGUGAAAUGCUUGCCCUAAUAUCCACCUCAGAAGAGGAGAGCACCACCUUGCUUGACAUCCUAGCAGGAAGAAGGGAUGCUCUUGCAGGAGACAUCAUCCUCAACGGACAACGUGUUAGAAGCAACGCCCUAAAAUCAAGGGUGGCGUAUGUACAAAACGACCUUAAUCUUUGUGAAGACAUGACAGUUGCGCAGACUCUCAGAUUUCAUUAUGAUCUCAAGAAACCCACUGAUAAAUUAGGAUAUUUCAAAUUGGAUGCCAUGGAUAGGAUAAAUGUUUUGAUAGAGGAUCUUGGUCUGGAGCAAGUGAGACAUACCAAAGUGGCCUCGAUGACUGUUUCUGAGAAGAGGAGGUUAAAUGUAGCGUGCCAGUUGUUACUAGAUACUGAUAUUGUAUUGUUCGAUCAGCCUACUAAGGGAAUGGAUAUUUUCGAUACUUUUUUCCUUGUAGAAUACUUGAGGCAGUGGGCCAGUGGUGGAACGAGUAAUGCUUUAGGAAAAAUAGUUAUAUUGACCCUUCAUCCUCCUACGUACGAAAUAUUCACAAUGCUCUCCAGGAUACUAUUGCUAUCUGCUGGAAGAAUCAUGUUCAGUGGUAGGAGAAGAGAUAUGUUGCCAUACUUUGCCUCAGUAGAUUAUCCAUGUCCUUCGUUCAAAAACCCUUCAGACUACUAUUUGGAUCUAGUGACCUUAGACGAUUUAUCCGCUGAAGCAAUGCUUGAAUCUUCACAGCGCAUAGAACAAUUAGCAGAAAUUUUCAGACAGAAACAGGAACCUUUGAGCGAUCCUGGACCGCCUUCUUCAUUACCUUCAACUGUUAAAUCUUCGAAUUUCCUAGUACAAGCCUCUGUUUUAUUCACGAAAUCGUUAGUUUACACCCAAACCAAUACAUUUUUGUAUUGGCUGACGUUAUUGGUAGCUUCAGCUAGUCUUUCCCUGAUAGUAGGAGCAAUAUUCUGGGAUGUGCCAAAGACAGAUUACAAUUUGAGUCUGAACGACAGACCAGGUUACCAUUAUGCUGUGAUGUGUUUGAUGUGCUGGCCACUUCUAUUGCAGCUGACCUAUUCGGAAAUAAGACGAAACAGGAAGGUGGUAGAGAGAGAUAUAAGACACGGACUCUAUGGGAGAUUUACUUAUAUCUUCUUCAAGACUGUAUUCAACAUUUUUCCUUCCCUUUUUAUAUGGAUAAUUUAUCUUGUGCCAAGUUAUUCGAUGUCCGGGUUGUAUAUGCAGAGUCCCAACGAUUAUGAUGGAUUCUACGUAUAUUUGGGUGUUAUGCUUUUAUACUUGAGUUGCGUUCAGAUAUUCCUAACCGCAUUCAUAUAUCUGUUUGCUGCUUCAAAUGCUUCAGUCUUCUUUGCGUCUAUGGUCAUGACGUUAUUGUUUAGUUCAUCUGGUUACUUCAUUCAUUUCAAUGAUCUGCCAGUGUAUAUUAAAUAUCUUAAGUUUGCAAGUCCCACAGAAUGGUUGCUGCCUUUUUUGCUGAAUCGAGAAUUGACACCGACGGCACUAGCAACUGUUCUUUCAUCGCCUCCCUUAUGUAGAAAUAAGCAGAUUCAGCACCAAGAUAUAAUUGUCCAGUUGCCAUGUCCAGUACCUAACGGGACCCAAAUAUUACACAAUUACGGCUUUCUAGAUUCUCAAAAGGAAGUCAUAAACUACGAAAACACUCCAUUGGCUUUAACGAUCUUUUAUAUUGCUUGCUUUGUCCUUACAAUAUUCGCAUUUGUUGUCAAUUUUGGUAGUUCAAAAAAGAAUAAACAAAGAAACGGAAAUUCAUACUAACUUUAUUGAAGCGUUGUUUCGAGUAGCUAUACUCGAUUUAUUGUUGAUAUUUAAUCGAAUAUAUUUGUACAAAUAUUUAUAAGUGAAUAUUAUGAAGAAUAAGAUGUAAUAAAUUAUUAUAUUUGAAUGAUA